AUAUAAAUACGGUCAAUCUGCCAGUGAUUUGGACCAUUAUACCUUCAGUGCCGCCUACCCGCUCAAUCGUACAACUGCAGCCUACUGCUACGAUAUGGAAGAAUUCUUUAAGGGCAAAAAGUUCAUCGUCACCGGCGCUAACGCGGGAAUUGGCGAGACGAUUACUAAACGCCUAGUGUCAUUGGGUGCUCACGUUUUCGCUGUUGGACGUGACGCAAAGAAAUUACCACCGGCUACGCCUAACCUAACUCCAGUUUGUGCAGAUGUGGGUGAAUGGGAUUCCUAUGAUAUAAUUAAAAAAUUGGGACCUGUCCACGGCUUGGUGAACAAUGCUGGAGUGGCGUAUAUCGAGUCUUUCUUUGACAUGACACAAGAAGGAUGGGACAAAACAUUAAACAUCAACGCAAGAGGAAUCGUUCGCAUAAGUCAGGCUGUAGCACAGAACAUGAAGGACGCUGGAAUUAAAGGGUCCAUCGUUAACGUGUCCUCAACAAUUUCAGAAAGAGCUAUUCCAGACCACACGUCGUAUUGUGCAUCAAAAGGUGCAGUCAAUCAAGUGACAAGAGUUAUGAGUAUUGAGCUGGGGCCAUUGGGUAUCCGUACCAACAACGUCAACCCGACUGUGGUUAUGACAAAAAUGGGUGCUAAAGCAUGGUCUGACCCAGUGAAAUCGAACCCAAUUUUAAGUAGAAUACCAAUUGGACGAUUUGCUGAGUGUGACGACGUAGCAAAUGUGACUCUAUUUUUACUCAGUGACUAUUCUACUUACGUAAAUGGUGUUUCAAUUCCAGUGGACGGUGGAUUUUUGGCCAGUUAAACAUAGAUUACCUACCUAAGAAACAACUCCAUACCCACAUCACAAACGGUCUGAAUAUUAUCACGAGAGAAAAAUUUAAUUAUUUUAAUUAUAAAACGAUAAAGCUAAACGUAAUUUAAUUAAUUUUUAUUUGUUUUUUUUUUAAAUUUAAAUUUCAUGAAUUAUUGAUUAUUUUUUGUAAUAUACUUAAGUACGUGUUAAAAAAUUAUAACUUUCAAUUUUCUGUGUAGAUUAAAUACAAGUAGAUUUAUACACUUAUACAUUAAUUGUUUCAAUUUAAAGAAUAAAAUGGAAUUUUAGUUUAUUA